GGCCUGACACGAACGUAAACGAUUUACCGCGUAGCAAGUCGACGAACUCGGGCAAUACUUCUCAGGUUACAAUUCCCCAAUUAUCGACCUCAGGAAUUCAUGUGCUCUUAGAGUACUUCGCGUAGCGCCUCCUCGCGCAUUCCUCCUUGACUGUCGUGGGUUUGGGCCGGUAACCGCUGGGAGCGUGUGUCUGCAUGAGACUUUCCCAGUCCCGGUUGGCGCCUGAAUGGCUGUACCUCAUCUCUUUGUGUGAGCAUCAGCGUAUCGCCUCCGCACGGCUCUGCGCCUGGACAACGCACGACUGCUCUCGAUGGCCUCGUCCAACGGCGAUCAUGCAUUCGUAUCGACCAUCGUGGGUAAACGAACUGUCUGGCCGGGUCCUUGUUCAAGAACAUGCGGGGGAAGUCGGCUUUGAUGGAACUGGUUCACAUCUGCGGACAGGGGUUCAAGUGAAUAUACGGAUAUCUAGGUUGCAGAUGCUCAACAGAAAGGCCGUGGCUGAUGUGAUAGAUAUCAGUCGCCUCACUGCCCGCCCGCUCUCACACAUACAGGCCUAUCAGCCUUCUCUUCCAUUCGUCGCCGCGAAUGCGCCCUCGACCAUGGUCCGAAGCUCGUCUGCCACAGUGACGCCUGCCAUGCGCGUUAUUAUUGGACCGUGGGUACGCCAGCGCACAGCUUGCUGGGCUACGCACAAGCACAUCACCGGGCCGGUCCCUCAAAAUCCAUGAUCGCCGCCGGUAGGUUUGUUGCUUCAAACGAGGCGAACCUCGUCUUCCGGUCGACAGUUGCCGCUUUGGUAUUCUCCGAUCGUGGAUAUCCGCAAUGACACAUACACAUACUGGUUGACAGCGUCUGGGAUGUUCCACAGCCUUACAAGCUCUUGCGGGCAGGCGACGGCGUUUACCUUCUGUAUAGUGCCAUUCGCCUUCGACGUUCCCAGAGUAUUUUCAGAAAUGAGGGUAUAAAUUCAUAGAUAGCAUUCAUAGAAGAAAAGCGUCCGUACGGUAUCUAGUCGUCUGCAAAACGCUUCACUG